AUGCCAGGUGGAACUCGUCGAGUUAGGAGAAUACUCGUCGUGUCAAGUGAGGAUCCCAUGGAAAUCAGUGAAGUAGAGGCCUUGAAUGAACUCCGGCAAACUGAAACUUGUAAAAGUUUGGUCCACAUAUUCUUUGCUUUAUAUAACACUUCCAAGAUUUCAGGUAUAACUGAUAUGGGGUUGCAGCCAAGGAAAGUAAAUAGAGUUGGUGUUAUUGGUCCGGGGUCAAUAGCAAUAGCAACAACGUUUAUCCUUGCUAACAUUCAUGUAAUAUUUAAGGAGGAUGAUGAGAAUUCUCUGGAGGCUACACUCGGUGAAAUCAAAGCUAAUUUUCACAACCUUCUUAUGGCAGGGAAAAUGACCAAGGAGAAGCUUGAAAGAAUUGUAUCUCUGUUGAAAGAUACCUUAGUUGUUGUGUGCACUUGGGGAUUGACAUAUUUUGAAAUUUUUACUCAACACAAGCAUAGGGGAAUUAACAGACAGGAAAAGGUGUCACUUGGGAAAGAACUAAGAAUGUUGUCACGGGCUGCAAGAGAUGCUGGAGCCCUUAGAGAAGCUAAGGACAAACUGGAGAAGUGA